GUAAUCGUUAGGCCGAUAGCGGAAGGUGCCAGAUUAUCGAUUUGAGAUCGCCGCCACUUAAUAGAAGCUAUGUCGGGGCCAUGAGGAGAACAAAAAGAGGACACUCCCCCGUCAUUUCACCAACGAUGUUCGCGCCAUCUUCCACGGCUGUUACCAGAUAGUACCAUGGCCUCCUCACCACCACGAUCUACCUCUCCCUCCGAAAAGAAGUCAGAUCCCGAACGCCAAAAUGAGUUGUUUACAACCGAUAUACCCACCGCCGAGACGGUGACAGAAACAGUCGAAGUCCUCGACCCCAAAGCCGAAGCCGCCCUCCUCCUCAAGCUCGACUCGGUCUUCGUCCCCAUCAUCAUGCUCGUCUACCUCUCCUGCUUCCUCGACCGCUCCAACAUCGGCAACGUCAAAGUCGCCGGCAUGCCCGAAGACAUCGGCGCCUCCGCCUCCGAGUUCUCCACCGCCGUCUCCAUCUUCUACGCCACCUACGUCGCCUUCGAAGCGCCCUGGGCCAUCUUGCUCAAGCGGUUGACGCCCCGCGUCACGCUUACCACUUUAUGUGUGAUCUGGUCGUUGACGACCAUUUUCUCGGGGUUUAUCACGAAUAUUGGGGGAUUGUAUGCUGCGCGGCUGGUGUUGGGGGCGUGCGAGGGGGGUUUGUUCCCGGGACUGAAUCUGUAUCUGACGAUGGUUUAUAAGCGCGAGGAGCAAGCGAGGCGGGUGAGUUACCUGUUUGUGUGCACAGCUAUUGCGGGCGCGUUUGGGGGGUUGUUGGCGUACCUGAUUCUCAAGAUGGACGGGAUCGGGGGGCAGGCGGGGUGGAGGUGGGUGUAUAUCAUCGAGGGAAUCUUUAGUAUCUUCAUCGGUGCGCUGGUAUGGUUCGCGCUGCCGAAUGAUCCGACCGAGGCGUAUUUCCUGAGCGAGGAUGAGAAGAGGAUGAUGAGGGUCAGAGCGAGGCAGAGGGCGCAGUACAUGGGCAGCGAGGAGUUCAGCUGGGAGGAGAUCCGGUUUGCUCUCAAGGAUAUGAAGGUGUGGAUGAGUGGCGCGAUUCAGUUCUGUCAGGAUAUCCUGCUGUUCGGGUUCAGCACGUUCUUGCCGAGCAUUAUCCAGAGUAUGGGCCACGAUAGCGUGCAGGCGCAGUACCUGACUAUUCCGGUGUACAUCACGGGCGGGCUGUGCUUCAUGGCGCUGGCGUUCUUGUCGGACAAGCUUUCUGUUAGGGGACCGCUGGUGGCGUUUGCCAAUGUCUUUGGGAUCUUGGGAUAUAUCUUGAUCAUCUGCCCGACGAGCAACGGGGUCAAGUUUUUGGGGACGUUCUUUUGCUCCGUGGCGGUGUACAGCGGUCCGGGACUGAACUUGACUUGGCUCAAUGUCAAUGUUGCCCCGCACUAUCGGAGGGCGGCGGCGAUUGGGUUCCAGCAGACGAUGGCCAAUACGGCGGGCAUUGUGGCCGGGCAGAUCUAUCGGGAGAAGCCUUAUUUGCUGGGGAACGCGUUCUCGCUCGGGUCGCUGGUCGUGGCCGAGUUUCUGAUUGCUGGGUUGUGGUUGUAUAUCCGGUCGUGUAACAGGAAGAAGGAGAGGAUCAGUAGGGGGGAGGUCGAGGAUACGAGGAAGGUCAAGACGGGCGAUGGGGAGCUGGAUUUCAAGUAUCAUCUGUAGUGG